UCACUCUGUUUGGUUAUCACUGUUACAGAGGCCAGAGAUUAGCCUGAAUGUUGUCGGAGCGAAACCCUGUCUGGGAUUGACCGCAGCGUUUCUGAAAUUGGGAAUUUGGGGGGCAGCACUGAGGCAAUUACUCACCUGUUGAGCAGACCUAUGCGAUGAGAGAUGGGAUCCUCAGUUACUCUGUGCCCUCUCAGCUGGAUCCUUGUCCUGGUCAUCAUUGUGCAACAACUCAAUGCAGGGGGCAUUGAAGGCCCAUGUCAGGGAAGAAACUGCUCAGUAUGUCAGUGUCGUCCUGCUAAAGGUGCCCGGGGAGGUCCAGGGAAGCCAGGCCAGCCAGGCCCCCGAGGACCAGUGGGUCCACGGGGAUUUGAAGGGUCACUUGGAGAGAAGGGCAGGAGGGGAGCAGAGGGAUCGCAUGGCCGAGAGGGGCCCAAAGGAGACAGCGGCAAGGCAGGUGUUCCUGGUUUCCCUGGUCAUGAUGGCUUACAGGGCCACCCUGGAGCAGGCGGUGAGCCCGGUGUGCCAGGGCUGGAUGGCUGUAAUGGGACAAGGGGUCGGCCAGGAGGUUGGGGUUUUCCUGGUUUAGAUGGUCACCAUGGACCGCCGGGAUUACAAGGACGUAAAGGAAUAAAAGGAGAGUACCGUGUUACCCUUCCAGGGCUUCCGGGGAAUCGUGGAAGAGAUGGACAACAUGGUCCACCUGGUAGACAAGGAGUAAUUGGGUUAAAAGGUGACAUGGGCCCUCCUGGCCUUCUGGGACUUGAGGGAUUGGAAGGACCUAAAGGUGUGAGAGGAGAACCGGGGGACCCAGGAGGAUCACUAGCAGGAACUGAAGGUGACGAUGGUGAGCAAGGCCGACCUGGCCCACAAGGACCGGCAGAAGUCAAAGAAUUCCCUCCAGACUUCCUUCCACCCAAAGGCCACAAGGGAGACCAAGGUCUUUCUGGACCAUGUGGACCGAAGGGCGUUAGCGGUUUGCAUGGAGAGAAAGGCUUUCCAGGUCUCAUUGGAAGAAAUGGACCAAAGGUGAGCAUCAACGCCAACUGA